UUCUCUCUGGCCUGGGAAUUUUCUCUAGCACUUUUUGGCUGUUUUCUUUUUCACCUUAAUUGAACAUUCUGGAAGAUAUUAUCUACUUCUUAGUGCUGAGGUCGGUUGGUUUAAGUAUUCAGCGAGGAACCAGAGUCAGAAAUGCCUCGAAAGAAGCCAUUUAGUGGAAAACAGAAGAAACAUCAGCUUCAAGAGAAGCGAGAUCGCAAGCGGGCAGAUGGACACCAUCGGCCGCCGCACGGCCCCCAUGCAGGGAUGUCUCACAGGUCUCGACAGCAGUCUCAAGAACUUCUGAGCAGUGAGGAUAAGAACUCAACCUCAGAAGGAGAGAUGCCAGAGGUAAACGCACUGAACCAGCAACCAACAACACCAGGAAUGGGAAAGGACAAACAAUAUGAUCCAAACAGAUUUCACCUGCACUUUCAAAAGGAAUCUAAGUCAGAGUUAGCACAACGCAAGAAGCAAGCUAUGCAACCGUAUGAACCCCUGCCAGAGAGUGCCCUAGAAGUCGAUAUAGAUGAUAUCUACCAACCUGGCUCAGUCCUUGACAUGCCAAAGAGACCGCCGUGGGACUAUAACAUCAGCAAAGAUAAGCUUGAGCAAAGAGAGGAACAAGAAUUCAGAAACUACCUCCAAACAAUCUAUGAGAAGUUCCCUUCAAAACAACUCAGCUAUUUUGAAAUAAAUCUAGAGACAUGGAGACAACUUUGGAGGGUCCUUGAAAUGUCUGACAUCGUUCUGCUGAUCGCCGACAUCAGGCAUCCGGCACUCCAUUUCUCUCCUGCCCUCUAUGACUACGUUACAAGGGACCUCAAGAAACAUCUCAUACUUGUCCUCAAUAAGAUUGACCUAGCCCCACCUUCUCUAGUAGUAGCAUGGAGAUCAUACUUCAAAGAGAAGUUUCCUCAGCUCCAAGUCGUCUGCUUCACCUCCUUCCCAAGGGAAUCACAAAGUCCUGAUGGUAUAUCAGGAUUCAAGAGAAGAAAACGUGGGCAGUUUACGGCAGUGGGGCCAAUGCAGCUUCUGAAAGCAUGCGAGACAAUAUCCAAUGGAAAAGUUGAUUUAAGUAGUUGGCGAGAAAAGAUUGAGGCUGAGAUGAGGGGUGAGGAGACUCUAGCCUCGCAGGUCAUCGCUUCAAACCCCGUAGAGAUGACAAUGUAUGAGGAACAUGAAGCAUUCAAAGACAGCAUCAUUACAAUAGGAUGUGUCGGUCAUCCAAAUGUGGGUAAAUCUUCAGUGAUGAAUGGUCUUUGUGGUCAUAAGGUGGUCAGCGCAUCCAGGACACCUGGUCAUACAAAGCAUUUCCAGACCAUAUUCCUCACACCAAUGGUCAAGCUUUGUGAUUCCCCUGGUCUUGUGUUUCCCUCUCUGGUUGAUAAACAAUUUCAGAUUCUGUCAGGAAUUUAUCCCAUAGCUCAAGUCCAAGAGCCAUACACAGCAGUUGGUUACCUUGCACAGAGAAUACCACUGACGCAGAUUCUAAGGAUACGACACCCUGAGGCUGAUGGAUCACCAGAGGGCGCUACAGGGGCGCAUUGGUCUGCUUACGAUAUUUGUGAAGCUUGGUGUUGCCACGCAGAGAAACGAGGCUUCAUCACAGCUAAAGCAGCCAGGAAAGACGUCUACAGGGCGGCCAAUAAUAUCCUCAGGAUGGCCGUAGAUGGCAGGCUCUGCAUGUGCAUGACCCCACCAGAUUAUACGGCUCAAAAAGAAUGCUGGGAGCAGCACCAAGAGACAUUUGAGAUUGGUCGACUGCAGGACCAACACAGACGGGUAGAGGAUGAUGUCGACAGAGAGGGCGACAAAGAUGAUGAUCUCUCGGACCAGUUUACCAGUAGCGGCGAGGACAGUGAUGCUGAUGUCGAGAGCAAUGAUGUUGACAGAGAGUCAGACUCGAGACGGAGGGAGCGGAGGCGGAAAGGUCAACAGGAAAUGGAGAGUGGUGAUGACGAGGGUGAAAGAUCAACGGGUCUAAGGACCACGAACCCUUUUGAUUUACUUACGGAUGCAUGAUAGAUGGAAAGAAUCGGCAGAAAGGAUGGAUUGUCAGGUAUUUCAUAGUGAAACUUGAUUGAGGUUCUGUUGCAUGUUUGUAACUUGGAAGUCCCUGAGAUUUGUAUUCAUGAGGGUUGGAAGUCCUUUCAUGACGGAAUGAAAAGAACAGGUCAACUAAGACAUAUUUGGAGAUCACUGAAUCAGUAUUUUCAUACCUUGGAAAUAUCUGCAAGCUGACCUCAGGAAGUGGUCCAGCGUGAUCUAGAAGGUGCCUGUGCAGUGUCUCCUUAAACCUGUAACAUCAUGGUGAUUUUAUGCAUGUUUGUGGGAACAUCUCACAAGAUUAUUGUGCUUAGAUCUCCACAUAAUAAAGGAUGAAUUAUGCUGCCUAUGGCAUUCCAUAGAUGGUCCUUUAUAAGAUAGUCCUAUACCAUACCUUUUGGGGCUAUUCAGGAUAUUCAGUCUGUCAUAAUUCUGCUUGGUAUUGAACAAGGUAAAUUGGAGAUAAAAAUGACCUUUUGAAUGUUGCCUUUCAUUGAAGAAGAAAAGAAAGGAAAAGAGCACAUUGAAGCUAUUUUCAAUGUUGCAUGCAAUCCAAUGCUUUCACUCUUACUGUGCCAAUGAAAUAUAUAUCCCAUGCCCAGUUUAUAGCAAGUGGACAUGCUAUUUCUAAUCUAUUUUGCUAUGCUAUGUAGGUCUGUGUGGGGAGAUUCAGGAGGUCAUCGGGUUAACAAGCAUUGCAUUUUAUACAAAAUACUAAAUUGACACAAUGCUUUCAAGAUUCAAGAUAAUUUAUUGUUAUGUGUAAAAAAACAUACACAAAAUUUACUUUUUGGCAUAUAAAGAGUGAACACCACAUAUACUGUGACAUGCAAUAUUAUACAUUUGACAAACAAUCAUAACUGUUAAAAUAUGUAUUGCACAAACUGACAAGAAAAAGAAAUAGAUGAGAUUGAUUGUUAGCUCAAGUUCAUAUAUUGGUGAGAGUCUAUCAUUUGCUCUGUUGGGGUUUUGAGGGGGUAUGCAAAUAGGCUCUGAUGAAUGGUUUUGAAAUAGAUUUAUGAUAAUAAUGAUAAAUUGACCGUUCUUGUAUAGCUCAUAUCACAAUGAUAUUUGAAUGUCAUUUCAUGUGAAUGACAAUAAAAACAUGAACAUACAUGAUGAAACUUUUCAUAGUGAAAUCAAAUGCUAGGUAAGAAAAGAAGAUAUAUAUUUUGUGGAGAUAUUGUUUGUGUCACUAUUUUCACCUGAAAUAAAUCACUAUUUUUAGGAAAUGUAGAACUAUGUGUGUACAUUAUUAGCCCAAAGCAAUAUUUGAUUCAUCUGCCAGUGUAAGCACAUUAAUUUGUUGCCUACCAGAACCGGUAGGUCCAUGUACAAAGUCUAUGGGAUUUAAAGAAUUCAGCAGUCAGUGAGUUAGUUGGUAGUAGCACAGUGCCUGAUCAUUCAUAUAUUAUUCAACUCUUGCCUGAAAUUGAAUGAUUUAUCAAAGCAACACAGUUUUAAUAAGUAUGUUCAUCCGAAUGCACUGAAAUGUACUUUUUCUCCUCUUUUUAGCAGUGGAAAGUCCUUAAAACUAGGAAAUAUAUGUGAUUUACCCAUUUAAUUCAGAUAUCAAUAUAAUAAAAAAAAACUGGUAAGGGAGGUCCAAGGUCCUAUGGUUCAUUUUAUCUUGUUAACCCUUUGAACCUGAUAAUACCGGCCUCGCUGUUAACUUGCAAUACCCGAUAUGAUUCCAGCCCGAAGCCAUGUGACUUGAAAAACAUGGAUUCUAAAUGUUAGGUGAUCUUUUAAAAAUGAUAUCAUCUUUCUAGUACAUGGAAGGAUAGUCAGUUGAUAAAUGCAGUCCAAUUCGUAUUGAUUUUAAAAAGUCUUAGCAUGAAAAAUUGACAAAAUAUACUACUCUACAGCGGAGGCUCAUGUGGCAUGUGCGAUAAUACACAGCGUGAUAUGCGGCGGGUCACCUGCUGACUUAUGGGGAAGCUAUUGAUAGAUUAAGUCAAAGCAGCGAUUUUGAGCCUAAAACAUACACUGAAGAUGAUAUUUCUAUCUGUAGACUAGGUCUACAAGAAACUAAACAACUUCAGUCGUGCUUGGCAGGGUACAAUGUACAUGUACCAGCGGGGGAAAGAUGCCACAAAUAUCGUAGGGUCCAAAGGGUAAAAAGAAAUGAAUUUUACAAUGAUAAAAACUCUUCUUGUGUCAAAAUGUUAACCAAUUUAAUAGAGUUGGCUUUCAAUUCAGAUGUCUGUAAAGAUUUGCUAUGCUUCUCCAUUGCAGACUACUGUAUAAUGUUUGUGUUAAGUUUAUCAGAGAAUGAACUGAACUUAUUUAAAAUUGAUUGAUAAGUCGAAUUUUCUUUAUUAGUUUGAGAUCUGGGUAAGUCAAGUCUACUUCAUAAAUCUGUCACAGUACUUAUGUUUACCAAAUCAAAUUCCCUUUUCCCCUCUUUCUUUCUAUUUUCUUUUUGAGUCGAUGGGACAUGUGUACUAAAAUGCAAUUUGUUAUAAAUAAAAAUAUAUUGAGCUUAUUGUAAUUCCAUUUUUGUUCCUUCUUUGUUACUAUUGCUAUUGGGUUUGUAAUGGUAGUAAAUUUCAUAGAAUAUAAUAUCAACAUAUCAGUGUCAUCAUCAUAUUGAUCAUUUUGUAUUGAUUAUUUUUCUUUUACUGACCAACUUUUUAUAUAAUUUAGAGAUAAACAAUGUAUCAUUUUGAAAUAUCAAGUAUGGUAGUUCAGUUUUACAAAAUUGGAAA